AUGGCAGCGUUCCAGCACCUUGCGAUUGUCGUGCUCGCUUGCUACUUGGCAGUCGCCAGCGCGGUGCCGGGGGUCAAGAUCACCAUCCGUUGGGACAACAAGGCCGAUGAGGUGAUCAAACAGGCAGUGCCCGAGACCCGCAAGAACCUGGCCAACAUCCUGUGCGGCAAAAUCUCCGAGAAGUCGAUCAUCCUGCCCAAGAAGGGUACACCCUCCCUGGUGGACAAGAGCAACCUCGUGGAUUCCUCCUCCACAGCGAUCUACUACUGCCUCGCCGCCGACGGCAAGCAGUCCACGGCAGCCAAGAUCUACGCCGCCUGCGCGAACAAGAAGAAUCAGGAGGAGUUCAAGGACGAGAUGGAGGAUGACACGGAUUUCCCUGAGCUCGAGGUGGAGGCCAUCACUUGCGACCCCAACUUUGUCCAGAUCCCCUGA